AUGAUCAUUUUAUUUGCUACGAGAGUAUCAGACACUAAAUAUGCAUGUCUUCUUUCUUAUUUUAAUUUUAUAGGCUUGGCUUUUGGAACUGGAGCUGAAGUGGCACACCGGGCUGUUGGUGCUGUAAUGGGGCCUCGUGCCGUUCGACAUGAAACAGUGGGCUCUCAGCCUGUUGCUGCUGCGGCUCCCGCACCAACUGAAAAUAGUCUCGGUGGUGAUGCUUGCAAUGUUCACUCAAAAUCUUUUCAGGAUUGCCUGAACAGCAACGGGAGUGACGUUAGCAAGUGCCAGUUUUACAUGGACAUGCUUGCAGAAUGCAGAAGGAACUCUGCUUCUGCAUUCGCUGCUUGAUCUUCUUCAUUGACUUUGAAUCAAAUCAGUUUCAAUAAAAAUUUAUUGCUCUUCUGCUUGCGGGUUCUCAUGGUGAUGUUAUUGGAAUUUUGAAUAAGAAUGCAUGUUCUAAAAUGUUUGCUACUUUAUGAACAAUUUUCAUUCUAGAGAUUUUGAUUUGGAUUCGAUGCUUUAUUUUCUAUCAGGAUUUCAAUAAAA